GGGGGGGGGCGUCGGAACCCAGAUUGAAGUCGCAAGAAUUUUAUUGAAGUUAGGCGGAGCCGACGUGAGAGCGGGGCAUAAGGACCACCCAUAAGCUCACCCGGACGAGCCGCUUCGCAUAGCAGCAAAAUAUGGUGAUAUAAAGAUGUGCCGAUUCUUAGUAGAAGUUGGUGGCGCAAGCCCUCGUAUCGGAAACGGACAGGCUUCGUUAUUAGACCCGGUCCUAUCGACGUCGGGCGGCUUUUUGAAGAAUUCUCCCCCCUGGGUCGAAGAUAAGGAAAAGGGCCAGAAAGUCUUAGCAACGUUAUGUUCGCUUGCCGGGAUUGAAGGUUAAAGCGUUGAAUCGGCAUAGGCCAAGAUUUUGGGACUCUACAGUGUUUCCAGUACAGUAGCGACCAUCGAUAAUUAUGGGGUACCUAGGUAUUAUUCUCGAUAAUAGGCACCUUUAGUAUGUGCUGACAUCUCUCACUUUCAGGGGUUAUGGGGGCUACUUGUUGUAACAGGUUGGUGAAGUAUAGCGCUUCACACCCUGUAUUCUGAGUGAAUAAUACGGUACAAACUACAGCAUAUUUGCACUGUCAUCUCGCUUAAUCGAUACGGCUUUUUGUCUCUGGAGAGUCAAGUAAUUAAUAUACCUACCUAGGUAGGUAGUUCAACUUCCUCUGUUUCCGU